AUGAAUACUCUCAGAGCAGAUAGGGGAAGGUUUGCACGGAUAUGUGUGGAACUUGACUUGACGGAGGCAGUGGUAGGCAAAGUUUGCAUCGAGGGGUUUUGGUAUAAGAUUGAAUAUGAAGGUCUCCAUGUCAUUUGCACCAAGUGUGGAUGUUACGGGAAUCGCAGUAGGGAGUGCAAGAUUCCAGCACAGGUGACUACUACAGUGGUGCGUCAGACAAAGAGCCCACCUGAUGGAACUCAGCCGGAAGCAGCCGCCAAGGAGACGGAGCCCCAAAAACCUAGAACUGAGGAGCCAGAAACGGAAGUUACGGAUUUGGUGGAGGACAAUAUGGAAGAGGCCGAAAUUCUCGUCCAAAAAGAUCCGGAAACGGCUGGUGAGAAAAAGGAGGAGACAGAGGAAAUUGAAUUAGAAGUUAUUGGAGAAUGGAUGACGGUGACCAAGAAAAAGAAGAAGACGCCGAAAUCUAUGCCAAAAGUUGGGGAGAAUCCUAAAAUUAAAAAAGGUGGGAAUCAUGGGAGCAAUCAUGGCUCCAAUAAUGGGCAAUCAUUUAGCAAAAAAGGGCACCACAAGCAGUGGGCCCCAGCACUGGCGAAAAAAAAAUGGCCGCAUCUAACUUUGUUAGCCUUGCCAGCAGUGGUCCCGUGGUUGAUGACUUAUCGGUGA